CAGCAAUAACCUUUCACAAGUUAAACUGUACAGUACUUCGUACUCUCUUCAAUCGUUGUCUUAUUCAUUCACUUAGAUCUACUUUACAAAAUGUAUUAUUCAAUCACCCUCUUGGCUACGGCAACUGCUGCUCAAGUAUUCCAAUUCUCUGAUGUCAUAUCAGCUGCAUCAAGCAUCAGACGCUCUGUGGCCGACACGACCGGCUCUCUUUUAAAGCGAGAUGGCUGCCCCAGCGUCUGGUCCGACGUGUCGAAAACACUCACAGACGAAUUCCUCUCGGACGGCUCAUGUACCGACAAUGCUCGCGCAGCCAUCCGAGCAGCCUUCCACGACUGCUUCAACGGCGCUUGUGAUGGCUCCCUCAUUCUAGCUGAUGAAUGUAGCAAUUCUGAGAAUUCCGGUCUCGCAGGCUACUGCUCAUACCUCAGCGGUGUUGGGGAUCAAUACAAGGACCAGAAUGUCGGUAUGGCUGACCUCAUCCAAUUCGCAGGAGCCCACGCCAUAAAAACCUGUCCCCUCGGCCCUACCAUCUCCGUCAAAGUUGGCCGCAAGGACUCCAGCUCCGCUAACCCCACUGGCAUCCUCCCACCAGGCAAUGCCAAAGGCGACGAUCUCUACAGACUCUUCCAAUCUAAAGGCUUCUCCGCUACCGACCUCGCUGCUCUCAUCGGUGCCCACAGCACCGCAAAACAAUUCAACGCCGAUCCCUCGCAAGCCGGUGCCCCUCUCGACACUACGCCCGGGAAAUGGGACGUCUUGUACUACGCACAAACCAUUGCGGGUACAGCACCAUUCACCCUGCAAGCGGACAAGAAUCUCGCAAAUCAUCCUGUUGUCGGCGUGCCGUUUAAAGCAUUUGCGGCGAGCCAGGGGGGCUGGGCUGCCGCAUUUGUGCCAGCCAUGGAGAAAAUGAGUAUGAUGGGGGUUAGUGGCCAUCUUGUAGACUGCACGUCUGCACUGCCUGGUGGGAGUAUUAAGCGUGAUAUUAGGGCAGCACCGAUUGCGGAUCGGUUUCAUUGGUAACUGGUAAUUGUGACGGCAUUGAUGCCGUACACUUACGCACUAUUUUUGUUGUAUAAUCUAAUUUGUAAAGGUUUGGUUCUCGGUGAGUGGCGUUGAAGCUAUCAGUUCAUAACUCAAUCGGUUGGAGGUAUGGCGUCCAGCGUUACAUAAAGGCGUGUUUUAGGGCCUUUCUCUGCAUUUUUGCGUCGGGAUAGACUGGGGUACCUAUGGAUAUCGUACAUGCACGGUAUGAGUAAAAGAUUGCGACUACAUAUAUCAGGCAUGUCAC